AUGGAAUUAACCAAAACUAUUCUUGCUAUAGCCUUCAUAACUACUAUCUUAAGCCUAUCCACACAACACAAGCACCUUAUACUAGCACUUAUAUGUAUCGAAACAAUAAUAAUUCUUCUAUUUAUACUACUAGUCACGUACACCUCAACCUCACUAACCCUAUCACAAGCCCCAAUACCAAUUAUCCUGCUAACUAUCUCUGUCUGCGGGGCAGCAGUGGGCCUCAGCCUAGUCGUCGCAAUCACACGAACUCACGGAAACGACUUCCUAAAAAACUUAAACCUCCUUUAA